AUGAAGUAUAUUCUUGUUUCGGGAGGUGUUAUCUCCGGCGUGGGAAAGGGCAUUAUUGCCUCGAGCUGUGGUCUUUUGUUGAAGACUUUGGGUCUUACUGUGUCGAGUAUCAAGGUCGAUCCUUAUCUGAACAUCGAUGCCGGUCUUAUGUCGCCGAUCGAGCACGGUGAAGUCUACGUCCUCGACGACGGCGGCGAAGUUGACCUAGAUCUCGGAAACUAUGAGCGUUACCUCAAUAUCACCCUCUCACGCGACCAGAACGUCACCACCGGCAAGAUCUAUCAGCACGUUAUUGAGCGUGAGCGUCGCGGUGACUAUCUUGGAAAGACUGUUCAGAUUGUGCCGCACUUGACGGACGCUAUUCAAGAUUGGAUUGAGCGUGUCGCGCGGAUUCCAGUGGAUAACUCGGGUCGGGAGCCCGAUGUUUGUAUUGUUGAGCUGGGUGGCACGGUUGGUGAUAUUGAGAGUGCUCCGUUUAUUGAGGCCAUGAGCCAGCUUCAGCGACGCGCUGGACAGCACAAUUUCCUUCAGAUUCACGUCAGCUAUACACCGCUGAUUGGUUCAGAGCAGAAGACGAAGCCGACGCAAAGGGCUAUCAGCGAUGUCCGCAGUGCUGGUCUUCGGCCUGACCUGAUUGCCUGCCGUUGCGAGACUCCUCUUGCUGAGAGCACUAUUCAGAAGAUCGCCAACUCAUGCCAGGUCGAGCGGGAUCAGGUUGUUGGUGUGCACAACGUUUCGACCACCUACAUGGUUCCCAUCCUUCUUGAAAGCCAAGGGUUCCUCAAUACCCUCAGUCGCAUCCUCGAAGUUCACACUAUUCCCAAACACCCCAAGCUUGUGGACUACGGCAAGGCCAUCUGGCAGGACUGGCAGGGGCUUGCUACAAGCCAGGACCAGAUCCUUGGAACAGUAACGAUUGCCCUUGUCGGCAAGUACACCAGCCUCCACGACUCCUAUCUCAGUGUUAGCAAGGCGUUGGAACAUGCCGCCAUGCACUGCAAGAAGAAAUUGGAUCUGCUCUGGAUCGACGCCUCCAACCUUGAAGAGGGUACCCAGGAGACUGCCCCGGCCGAGUACUACAAGGCAUGGCACGCGGUCUCCACCGCCAACGGCAUUCUCGUCCCCGGUGGGUUCGGCACCCGCGGGACAGAGGGUAUGAUGAAGGCCGCCCGCUGGGCCCGUAUGAACAACAUCCCCUAUCUCGGAGUCUGCCUGGGCAUGCAACUCGCCGUGGUGGAAUACGCCCAGAACGUCUGCGGCAUGGAGAAGGCCUCCAGCGCCGAAUUCGACGAAACCUGCGAGCAGCCCAUCGUUGUGUACAUGCCCGAAGUCGACAAGACCAAGAUGGGCGCGACGAUGCGUCUGGGCAAGCGCCGCACCGUCUUUCAGCCCGGCACCGAAUGGUCGCGCAUCCGCAAGCUGUACGGCGAGAAGAAGGACAUCUGGGAGCGCCACCGCCACCGCUACGAGGUCAACCCAGAGAUGGUGGAGACCUUGGAGAAUGCUGGCCUGCACUUUGUUGGAAAAGACGAGACAGCCCAGCGAAUGGAGAUUGUCGAGCUGAAGGACCACAAGUGGUACGUCGGUGUGCAGUUCCACCCGGAGUACCUGAGCCGUGUCCUUGCGCCUAGCAAGACGUUCCUUGGUUUCUUUGCUGCUGCUGCUGGGUGUUUGGAGGGUAUUACUGCUGUGUUCAAGGACCGUCAUGAUCUUAGCCACCAGGGCGUUGAAAUUGCGCCGGCGGAUGCGACGGCGGAAUCUGAGUCUGCUUAG